GUUGCAGCCAUGCCGGCGACCAACCAAGGCUGGCCAGAGGCGUUUGGCUUCUCGCUGGGUGGCAGCGGGCCCUGCUAUGUGCUGUGGGUGCAGGAGGGCAGCAGCGCCGCAGCGGCGGGGCUGAGACCUGGUGACGAGGUGCUGGAGCUGGAGGGGCAGCCCGUUGCCUCGCUGGGCUGCCCGGCGUUGCUGGCGUUAGCCAGGCGCUGCAGCUCUGUGCCCCCCAGCAUCGGUGUGCUGUCCCGGCUGCAGCGUGCAGACCUGCCCCCGGCCCCGCACCUGGGCUUGCAGCUGGCGGGUGGCAGCCCACCACGUGUGGCCAGCGUGACCCCCGGCUCUCCUGCUGCCACCUGCGGCAUUGCACCCGGGGACCUGCUGCUGGAGGUGGACGGCGUGGCCGUGCGGAGUGCCGAGCGGGCGGCCGAGCUGCUGGCAUCCUGCGGUGGGAGAGCGCUGCGGCUGGGGCUGCUGCGGCCACAGAGGGACCUCGGCCCCAGCGCUGCAGCCGUGCACAUGGAGAGGAAGCAGAAAGCGCAGGAGUUCAGCAAACAGGUGGAUGCCAUCCUGGGGGACCAGCCUGAGCUCAAGGAGCAGGUGUUCGCUGCGCUGAAGCAGUACGCGGCCGAGCGGAGGGUGGAGUGCCUGGCCUGCGCCCUGUGCAUGCUGCUCACCCAGGAGUCCCACCAGCACCUCAUCGACAGCAUCAGGAUUUUCAUCCCCAAGAAACACCGGCAGCGCUUCGAUGAGGUGGUGUCACAGAGCCUGAUCAGCAAGCUGUGCCGCUCCAAGAGCGAGCAGCACAGCAACCGCCUGCGGCGCAGCCGGAGCGAGGACCACCAGGAGCGGCUGCUCGUGUCCACCCGUGCCAGCUCCGUGCCCCGCAGUCACGAGGAGCUCAGCAAGAGCCUGCGGAAAACCACCUCGCUCAUCACCAGCAAUGUGGCCUCGGGGGCUGCCCGCAGAACGGUGCGAGUUUAUAAAGGCAACAAAAGCUUUGGCUUCACGCUGCGUGGACAUGCACCAGUGUGGAUCGAGUCUGUUCUGCCAGGGAGCCCGGCUGAAAAGGCUGCGCUCAAACCUGGGGACCGAAUCCUAUUUCUCAAUGGCCUGGACAUGAGGAGCUGCUCCCAUGACAAGGUCGUGUCGAUGCUGCAGGGCAGCGGGGCGAUGCCCACCUUGGUGGUGGAAGAGGGCAUCGUCAACUUCUCCAGCGACUCUGACUCUGCCGACUCCCCGACCAGCUCCUCUGCGCUCACCUCCCUGCAGUGGGUGGCAGAGAUCCUCCCCUCUAGCAUCAAGAUUCAAGGGAGGACCUUCAACCAGCAGCUGGAGCACCUGCUCACGCCACCUGAGCGCUAUACCAUCUGCAAAGCGUUGGAGAGCUUCUUCCAGCAUCGGAACAUUGACACUCUUAUUGUGGAUGUGUACCCGGUGCUGGACACACCAGCCAAGCAAGUCAUUUGGCAGUUUAUCUACCAGCUGCUGACGUACGAAGAGCAGGAGCACUGCCAGCAAAAGAUUGCCAGGUUUCUUGGUUACAAGUCUUUGGCAGGUGAGAGGAAAGCUCCAGAUCCAGAAGUGGUGCUCGAAGGGCAGCCUGAACCUGAGGCAGAGGAGCGCUACCGCAGCUCGGUGCGAGGGGCAUCCUUGUGCCGGAGCAGCCUCCGGACCCACCGCCCUGAGGAAGGGGGGGCUGCAGGUCAGAGUGACACGGUGGAGGUCCCGGUUCGCCUGAUCCCUGGAGAGAGGCAGGCUGGCGACGGCACGUCCCUGCCAGAGACGCCCAAUCCCAAAAUGAUGUCAGCUGUCUAUGCAGAACUGGAGAACCGCCUGCUGGGCAGCUUUGCCAGCAAGAUGGGCAAUGCUGCCCUCCACCACACAUCGCCCCCAGCCCCCGACCCAGCGCAUGCUGCAGGUAGCGCCCGAUUUCCCUCGGCUCUGGAGAGAGGCAGACGUGGGGGGGUCUCCAGUAGCAGCAGGAGCCGCCCGGCAGCGCCCUGUCCUGCAGGUGCCCGCAGAUCGGGGGUGCCCGUCUCGUGGCCGAGCGACCCGCUGGCCGCCCAGCAGUGCUACUACCGCCUGCACAGCAGCCUGCCGUCCCCGAGCAGCACCGAGUCCAAUCCCUACGUCAGCCUGGACAGCAGCCCGGCCCCUUCCCCUCAGCACCGAUCCUACCCGCUCAGCCCGCUGUCGCGGCGCAAGAAGCUCUUCACCUUCUCCAGGCCCCCCCGCAGCCGUGACACCGAUCGCUUCCUGGACGCGCUCAGCGAGCAGCUGGGACACCGUGUCACCAUCGUGGAUGAUUUCCUCACCCCUGAGAAUGACUACGAGGAGAUGAGCUUCCACGAUGACCAGGGCAGCUACGUCACCAACGACGUCAGCAGCAGCGAGUACAUCAGCAGCAGCGAUGAGGGCAGCUCGCUCACCUACUCCACGCUCUCGGACCACAUCCCCCCACCUCCGCUCAGCCCCCCGCCGCCGCCGCCCCCCCUGCAGUUCCAUGACCCCCAACCUGUCCCUGCCAAGGCCGAGGCCCCCAAGGCCGGCACCUCGCCUGCCCCCAAGCCCCUGGUGGGACACCUGCACCCUGUUCCGCCACCACCGCCCCCUCCGCCGCCCCCACCGGUGCCCUGCGCUCCCCCCCUGCACCGGGGGCUGCUGCACCGCCGGAGCGAGACCAACCACAUGAGUGUCAAGAGGCUGCGGUGGGAGCAGGUGGAGAACUCAGAGGGGACCAUCUGGGGACAGCUUGGGGAGGACUCAGACUAUGACAAGCUGAGCGACAUGGUCAAAUACCUCGACCUGGAGCUGCACUUCGGGACGCAGAAGCCAACCAAGCCAACUUUCAUGCCUGAAACAUUUAAAAAGAAAGACGUGGUCGAAAUUUUGUCCCACAAAAAGGCCUACAACACAUCCAUCCUGAUCGCCCACCUGAAGCUCUCACACAUGGAACUGCGCCAGAUCCUCAUGACGAUGGAGACGGACCGCCUGGAACCUUCCCACAUCAAGCAGCUCCUGCUGUACGCCCCGGAUGGGGAGGAGGUGCAGCGCUUCCAGAGCUACAAGGAGAACCCCGGCAAGCUGAGCGAGCCCGACCAGUUCGUGCUGCAGAUGCUGUCAGUACCAGAGUACAAGAUCCGACUGCGCAGCCUUCACUUCAAGACCACUCUGCAGGAGAAGACGGAGGAGAUCAAAGCGAGCUACGAAUGUAUUUGCAAGGCCUCUCUGGAGCUGAAAAGCAGCAAGAAGCUGGCAAAGAUCCUGGAGUUCGUGCUGGCAAUGGGAAACUACCUGAACAACGGGCAGCCCAAGACCAGCAAAACAACAGGCUUCAAAAUCAACUUCCUCACGGAGCUGAACACAACCAAGACCGUUGAUGGGAAAUCCACCUUCCUCCACAUCCUUGCCAAAUCACUCAGCCAACACUUCCCAGAGCUCCUGGGCUUUGCCAAGGAUCUUCCCACAGUGCCGCUCGCUGCCAAAGUGAACCAGAGGACGCUGACGGCCGACCUGAAGGACCUUCACACCACCGUCAGUGACAUCCAGAAGGCCUGCCACAGCAUGCCAGCCACUGCCGAGGACCGGUUCGCCAUCGUGAUGACCUCCUUCCUGGAGAGCGCGCAGCCUGCCAUGCGCUCGCUGGAUGACCUGCAGCACAGGGCUAUGGAGGAGUUCAGCAAGGUGCUGUCCUUCUUUGGGGAAGACUCCAAAAUGACAACUUCAGAAGCUUUCUUUGGCAUUUUUGCAGAAUUCAUGAGCAAGUUUGAGCGGGCGCUCACGGACGUGCAGGUUGGGGACAGCCAGCGCAGCCCCAGGAUGACGUCCCCCCUUGCCUGGUGACAACACGAGGUGCAACGAUUCAUUGCCAACGAAGUGCAAUUUGCUCCCAUUGAGUUUGGUUGUAAAUAUGCUGCUGCCACCUGCUACCAUCGAGCAGAACCGCAGGGGCUGGGGCAGCCUGGAUGCUGAGUGCGCACACAGGUGGCUGCAGAUGGAGGCGGGGCUGAGGCACAGGUGCACGGAAAGAAAUGCUGUAUUGGUUUGAUGGCAUCCUUCCUAGCAUCCUUCAUUUCCAGUGUGUCAUGGAAUCAAGGACUGCAGACACAUCUGGAUGAAACCGCGCUGCCCUGUGCUCCCAGGGCACACACUCCUGGCACCAGUGGUCGCUGGAGCCCUGUCCCUUGUCCCCAUGGCCAUGGGCCGUGUGGCUGGGCAAAGUCCCAGCCUCUUGUGCAGGAUGCGGCCCCAGUGUUCCCCUUGCAAGUGCAAAGCCCUGACCCCAGGUGCUCAAGCUGGAAGCACCAGGGACGGGGUACACUGUGCAGCAGUGCUGGGGCAAUGGGAAGAAAUGAGACCUUGGAGAAUCCCAGUGGCACAUUAUGUAGUCCUAAAUGCAGAUCCAGGCUGGUUCUGCCCAGCUGCCUGGGGGAGCAAGAAAAGCCCCGCAGCCCUUCCUGGCCAUCAGCUUUGCUUAAGGGUUUGUCAAUGACUGAUAAAAAUCUUCCUGAUAAUCUAAUAUCAUCAACACUAGACUUAUCCAAACUCACCAGGAGCCAGGAAUGCCUGAGCAUUUUGGUGCCUCCUUGGAAAGCACAAAAUCUUUGGAAGCUUAAAAACGAAUGGGAACCCUCUGAUGCCCUGGUACCGCUUUGAGGGCAGCAGAGAGCAGCCAGAAUGCACCCCGUGCCCUCCAGAACCCACUCCCAGGGCUUGGGUCCCUUUGGCAUGCACAAUGACUUGAGCAGUCCGUGCGGGCUGUACCAGGGGGCCUGAGAAGCAUGCACACCCAUCCUGCAGCAGCAGCUGAUUGUUAUAAUCAAGGCGAUUCCCCGCGAGAUGUCCCGGGACAAAGGGCUAGCAGCACCCCACGGGCCGUGCACGCGCCUCCAGACCACGCAGUGCCCGUGAGCUUUGCGGCACAGCACCGCAGCGCGUUACCAUUGCGAGGUGCUGCUCGGUGCACAGUGCAGCCACGGCCGUGCACGUCCGACCCACUCGAGCCUCCCACUCGCUGACACCUAGGUGACCCUCCCCACGCUGAUGUCAGAGCAAGAGCUCUUACUGUGCUGAAAUACACAGUUACCAACCGGUGCAUUAUUUAUGGGAGACCUUACAACCAUCAAAUCUUCAGUUUUCGAUAUUUUUUUAACCCCCUCCCCCUCCACGUGUUUUCAGUUUGUACAGCUGUAAGUGCCAGGCAGUUCCCAGCCUCGUGCUGUCAGAGCCUCUUCUCUCCCCUGAUGAUGAAGCAGGGCAAUGCACACCCAUCUCCACUUUAUGUUUUAGAUGUUCUCACUGCAUUCAGGUUUUUUUUUUUUGUUUUUUUUUGGUUGCUGGUUUUUUUUUUUUUUUGGUUCUUUUUUGUAAAAACGUAUUAAACAUUCAAACCUCUGGAGGUUAUUAUGCAACCGUCAUUAAAAAUGUGAAAAUGCUGUACAUAGAAUUUGCUACAUGUUGUAACUUUCCAGGAUAGCUGGAGCCCCAGUCCCCUUGGUAUUUUUAUGUGAAGAUUUUCGAAGACCCAGAACUUCUGAGACAUGGUUAUAUCAUUUGAUAACGGGACUGUAUAUUCACGGUUCAGUCUCUACCCGAUGCCUAUGUGCUAUUCCCCAAAUAAAGCUGCUGCCUUCUGCCUCCUGGCCGCACGUACAUCUCUGCUCUGUUAAAAACGGCUUUGUACAACAGCUGCAGAUGAAGGUGAGAGGAAUUCUGCAUUUGGCACUCGUGUGACUGCACACCUCAAUAUCAGUCCCUUGACCUGCAUCGGGGAGGUGCAGCAUCUGACCCUGCUGGUAUGGGGAAGUUACCGCCGUCAUGUAGAAAAGAGUUAUUUGUGAGCAGCAUUCAAGACAGCACGAUGAAUAUCAGCAGCAAAUUCUUAAAAUAGUAGGGAUUUUUUUCUGCAGCCUUCAGAAGAAAACAGCUGUGUGCGUGUGUGCAAGUGAAUUGUUCCCCUCGGAGAAGGAAUUCCUGGCUGUGGCUGAGGCGGUGUCCUUGGGGCAAUUUAUCUCUUUAUGCCACCAGCAGAGAUAGGGGCCGGUCUGCUAUCAGAUUUCCUAGUUGCAGUUUAGCUUGUUUACAGCAGCCUGCUCCAUGGCAGCUGCUCCCCAGGGGCUCUGCGCAGAGCUGGCACCAACCCGCGGGCAGAAGUCAAUCCUGGGCACGUGCACGUGCCAUGCCCAGAGCCUGGUGUUCCUUUAGCUGUUCUGCAAACUGCCGCAGACUCCGUGUCCCAUAGGCAGGCGUUGAAUCUGAGCCUCCGCAACACUCGCCACGCUCUCGUUGGUUUGUCCCUGAUAACUCCAAGCAUUAGGUAAUCCUUUCCCAGCCCCACGCAGUGGCCGGGAGCUCCCAGCCCUGCCCAGCCCAUCCUCAGCACCGCAGCCUUGGCCGUGGUUUGCCUUCAUGGGGAGCGUGUCCUUGGGAAGGAACCAGCUACUGGGCAGCCCCGCGGUGACCCCAGGCUGCACUUCACAUGUGUGAAUAUCCAGGGGAGGACUGGCCAGGAUAAACUAGCACCAGGCUGACCAGAUGAUCUGCAGAGGUCCCUUCUGAUGGUUCUGUGACGGCUCCAAGCCAUGCUGAAACGUGUCGAAACACUUCUCCUCUGUACCUUGUUACAAGUGCUGUAAGCUGUGAUAUUUUUCCUGGGCUGUGAGAGCUGCCAAAGGGACAAAUCGAAGUCUCAGCUACAGAGGGGAAGGGCUGGAAGUAAGAAGGUUGCAUGGCUUGGAGGUAGCACAGGGCACCUGGGUGCUCGUCUCAGGGCCCCUGAGGUUCUGUGUUGUUCUAUCACAAUUUAGGAAAUCCUGGAGUUUCCACAUUCUAGCAGACCAAAGGAAAGCACCUCCAGUCACAAGCCUGGUUACAUCCCUCAGUGUGAGCUGUGUGAAACUGUACGCUAAAAGACAGGUUUUCCUACUUCGCUUAUGGUUUGCUGGGCUUUGGGGUGCUCCUUUUCAUCGCUGCUUUACAGAUUUAACUUCCCUCCAUGGUCUAUGUGGAAAAUGCAAAAGCAGAGGUGAAAGUUGGGAUUCUCAUUCUAGAAGCAGAGGUAUUAAGAGAAGCGAGGCUUCCCAAGGGGCAGAGCAGAGAGCUGUGACCUGACACGACCCACAGGCUCCGCUCGAGGGCAGCCCACGAUGGCAGCUCUGCCUCAGCGUUAGCUGCACCCACGCCUGGGCGUGAGCUGCACCCCUACUUCUUGCCACAGCCUCUCGUUUUGGAAGGUCCCUUCAGCACCAUUCAGUGCACGUUAUUUGACUGUAAACACUUAUUCAACCUGGUCUCAGAAAGGAAGCUCGUCCGGGGAUUCACCUACAGGCUCAGACACGGACCCCAGCCCAUGGCUGAAUCCUGC